GUGCCGACCGCGUGUGUAUGUUCUUUCAAGAAGCUCAGAGAAACUUCGUCAUAUCGCGGCCUCAAAACUUAUUUCACUAGAGAAUUUCGAAGACGACCAAAUCGUGGCCAAAAUCGUACAGUGUGAACCCGGCUUAAGGCGCUCUGCAAAAACAUACCUUUCUAUGACCUUUUAGCUGCCAUGCCUGCGAAAAAAGCUGCAAAGAGGAGAAAAGAAAAUGAGACGGAGGACUCAUCACUGAAAAAAGUGAAAGUCUCUCACAGGAGUCACGGUCAGGAAAAGGGCCUGGUCCUGGUUCUUGGGCAGGGAGAUGUGGGUCAGCUAGGUCUGGGUGAGGAUGUGCUUGAGAGGAAGAAACCAGCAAUGGUGACUCUUCCAGAGGGCAUUGUGCAGGCUGUUGCAGGGGGCAUGCACACAGUGUGCCUCAGCGACACAGGCAAUAUCUACACAUUUGGCUGUAACGAUGAGGGUGCUCUGGGCAGGGAUACCUCAGAGGAGGGCUCGGAGAUGGUGCCAGGAAAAGUCGAGUUAGCAGAUAAGGCAGUGCAGGUGUCUGCAGGUGACAGCCACACUGCUGCUCUCACAGAAGAUGGCACCGUCUUCAUCUGGGGAUCUUUCAGGGAUAACAACGGUAUCAUUGGCCUCCUUGAACCAAUGAAAAAAUGUACCUUGCCUGUCAAAGUCCCCAUAGACAGUCCUGUGGUAAAAAUAGUUUCAGGAAAUGAUCACCUAGUAAUGCUUACUGUGAAUGGAGCUGUCUACACUUCAGGCUGUGGAGAGCAAGGCCAGCUGGGAAGAGUACCGGAGUGCUUUGCCAACCGAGGAGGCAGAAAGGGGUUAAUGAGGUUACUGGAGCCACAGAUGGUCAUAGUGAAGCCUCGAGGGAAGGUCCAAUUUACUGAUGUCUUCUGUGGGGCGUACUUCACGUUUGCCAUAUCUAAAGAUGGUCAUGUUUAUGGCUUUGGUCUCUCCAACUAUCACCAGCUGGGUACUGCAAGCACAAACACAUGCUUUGUUCCUGUAAAGCUCACUGCCUUCAAAAAUUCCACGACGACCUGGGUCGGCUUCUCUGGUGGACAACACCACACAGUCUGCUUGGACGCUGAAGGGCAUGUUUACAGCCUUGGUCGUGCUGAGUAUGGGCGUCUGGGCCUGGGGGAGGGUGUGGCAGAAAAGAGCGAGCCCACAGCAGUUACAGGAAUCACCAAGGCCUGUGUGGUAGCGUGUGGAGCAUCUGUGAGCUAUGCAGUCACUAAAGAAGGCUCUGUAUAUGCCUGGGGUAUGGGCACCAACUUGCAGCUGGGCACAGGAGAUGAAGAUGAUGCUUGGAGCCCAGUGGAGAUGAUGGGCAAACAGCUGGAGAACAGGGUCGUUCUCUCUGUCUCCAGUGGAGGGCAGCACACAGUCUUACUGGUCAAAGACAAGCAAGAGAGCUGAUAUUAAACCCAAAUGAAAGCUGAGCUGUACUACUGUUCUGGUGGUAACUGUAAAACUAUAACUUGAUCUGGGAUGCUGGGGGAAAUCUGGGGUUGCUUAAACUUCCUGUACUGUACUUUGCUAGUUGGUUACACAAGCUUGGAGAUGUGUGAAGAGGUAAAGAUUGGUGGGUCUCCUCUGAUUUAAAUGUUUCUCCCACUUUGUGGAGAGCCCAAGGAUUCACUAGGUGCAUUCUAGUAGAUCAUGAUCAAAAAGACUGACUAUUUUUUUUUUUUUUAACUGUAAUUUUUUUUUUUUGCUUCUUUUUUUAUUCUUUUUAAUGUGAAUUAGUAGUAAGCAUUGUAAGGAUUGCCAGCUGUGAGUGAACGUAUGUAUGUAAUGUAUUAUCGCUUAAAGAAGUUUUAGGAAAUUUCCCUGCAAAUGGAUUUUAAAAGUUAAUAAUUUUGCCCAGAGCAAUACCCAUGUACAGUGGCUGCAGCUGCAAUGUGUUUACAUUUUUACAGGAAAAGAAAUUUGUUUGGUAUUGCUGUAAUUUGCAGCAUUCAACUGUUUUUCCUUAAAAUGCAAAUACCAGUUGUUGAUUGCAUCCAUGAUGUGCUUGCCCUGUGGGAAGUGUAAUAAAAAUUGAAGUCUUUACAGAGUUUUCAUAAUGAAUUUUGCUCAGGAAAGAUGAUGCUUCUCAGAAAGCCAUUUGUGACCAUCAGUACUGAUAGUGUUUCUCUUCUUGUAAAUCAAAUGUAGCUCAUUUUAGAACAGAUCCCUUGAUGAUUUUGUUUAGUAGGUUUAAAUGACAUUACUAAUGAUAUGCCAAGUUACUUGCUGCCUGGAAUAUUUAAUUUCAUUUUGCAUAUCCAUACAAAGCCAAACAUCAGGUAUAUGCAGUAUUAUACAGAGUUUCCAAAUCAAAUUAGCUGUGUUUUUCCAUUAUGGUCAUAAUGAAAAACAUAAUGAUAGACAAUUUAACAUUGAUUUCGAAUGAAAGUUUGCAUUUGGAUGAUUUAUGAAGUAAUGGUGUGGGAGCCUAAAUGGCCAGUUAUGCUGCAAUAAGAGAUUACAUGGACUUUAGGGUGUUAUUGAAAUGCUCCAAUAUGGAAGUUGUUUCAGAACAAUGGAUUGAUAUUUCCAAAUUUCAAACGGAUCCAAAUCUGUGUUUCAAGAGUGAAUUGCAUUGUGUGCUUUCUGCUGAGUUUUAGCAGAGAUUGUACAGUAUCCGAGCUGAAAAGCUCUUGUAGGCUCAUUUUGUCUAAAACCUUUGAAAUGCUAACAGCCUCUUGUGCAAGCACUUAACUGGCCUCCAUCCCCCCCGAGUUUAUAUUUUGAUGAUCUCUUCUACUGUUACCUUUUGUUUCUACUACCAACAAAUCCAUAUUUUCAGUACUUGUUUUUUGGGGGGUCUUUUCUUAUAUAACUUAAAUGAAGAGCUCAUUUAUUAUGCAUUCUUUUCUUGAUGACAAAUUUCUACUGAAUAGCUGAGGUUUCAUGAAAAUUGGGAAUACAGAUUUUGACCAUAUGGAGAGAUGGAUUUAUUUGGCCAGUACUUGGUAGAACCUCUGUGGGGAUGGUGUUUGCAGGAUGUGCCCAGUGUUUGUUUUCCAGCAAGUCUCCACACAGGAUUUCAUAUGGCUCACCACUUUCCUGGCUGUACAGGUCCGUGCCCUCUUGGACAGCUUCUCUUAUCUGAGCUGUGUAUGUCUCCAACUCCUUCAGAGUUACCCUUGGCACCUUGGUUGCUUUUUUGCAUAAUGGCUUCUUACCAAGUUACUGGCCUCUGUUGUACAGCCUUCUCUAGGCAGAAUUUUAGCUGAAUGUAAUGGUGCUCUGUAGGCUGUUAAAUGUUUAGAGAACAUAUAUAUUUUUUAAUAAUUAAACCCUGCCUGAUGA